GAGACGUGGUCCGACUCGGCCUUUGUAUUCAUGAGGAGAAUCACACGACAAGUGUCUCCAACGAUGCCUUUGAUUUCAGCCAAUAUGUGGUUCACUUCACUUCGGGCUGUAAAAGCGGAUUCAUGUGUUUGCGGAUAUAUAAGCGCUCCAAUCAAAUCAUUGAAUUACAAUACGGCUCGUCCGCCAAACAGCCAUUCGAUGCCUGUUCUCAACACUUCAAACCAUUUCAUGCAAAAUAUGCAACCCUUACGACGACGUCAUCGGAGACGAGUGACUGUCCCUUCGAAGGUAUAUAUGCAGUCAAUGUUCCUGACGGAGGUCUCUAUAGUGGACUCAAUGAUCGUCAACCGAAUCCCUCCAACGAGAAGUCGUUACUGAUAUGUUCGGAGCACUCGUCACUGAACUCCCGGUGCAACUCCAACGAUCACAUCCAACUCCAGUCCAAAUGCACUUUUAAUGAUAACAUUCGAAACUUCAGAUGUAAGGGCGGGUGGAAAGAGAACGGAACCACUUAUUUGAUC